AUCAGCUGAAAGGAAACAGAAUAAACCCUGUAUAUGCUACACGUGUUUGUGGCACUGUAAACGUUAAACGCGUUUGUGUUUUACAUCUUACUCUUAGCAGUCGCUGAUAUUAUUUAUCAAAAUGCCGAAGGUUAAGGCCGAGAAGAAAUCUCGAACACACCAGGAGGUGAAGAGUCAAGGAAUUAUGUUUAAUACUGGUAUCGGUCAGCAUAUUUUGAAAAACCCUUUGGUUGUCAACGGCAUCAUAGAGAAGGCAGCGCUGCGACCAACAGACGUGGUUCUGGAAGUUGGUCCUGGAACAGGUAACAUGACUGUCAAACUUCUGGAGAAAGCCAAGAAAGUGGUUGCCUGUGAGUUGGACACCAGGCUUGUUGCUGAGCUUCAGAAAAGAGUCCAGUGCACUCCAAUGCAGAACAAACUUCAGAUCCUCAUCGGGGACGUCCUCAAGACUGAACUCCCCUUUUUUGAUGUCUGCGUGGCUAACCUGCCUUAUCAGAUUUCAUCACCUUUUGUGUUUAAGUUGUUACUCCACAGGCCGUUUUUUAGGUGUGCUGUGUUGAUGUUUCAGAGGGAGUUUGCUAUGCGCUUGGUGGCUAAACCAGGAGACAAGCUGUACUGCAGACUGUCCAUAAACACACAGCUGCUGGCCCGUGUGGACCACCUCAUGAAGGUGGGAAAGAACAAUUUUAGACCACCUCCAAAAGUCGAGUCCAGUGUGGUGAGGAUAGAGCCCAAAAAUCCUCCUCCACCUGUCAACUUUCAGGAAUGGGAUGGUCUGGUCAGAAUUGCAUUUGUUCGAAAGAACAAAAUGCUCAGUGCUGCCUUCAAGUCUACUGCAGUUGAGAAACUUUUAGAGAAGAACUACAAAAUCCACUGCUCCAUCCACAAUAUAGAAAUACCAGAGGAUUUCAACAUUGCUCCGAAAAUCGAAAGCAUCCUUCAAGAGUCCAAAAUCAGUGAUAAAAGGGCACGUUCCAUGGACAUAGAUGAUUUCAUGGUGCUUCUUCACGCGUUCAACUCUGCUGGGAUACACUUCUCUUAAAAUUUAAGGAACGGGGAACGGCUACUAGCUUUACAGAAGUGAUGUCACAGUCUUCUCGUAUUGUGGUUGAUGCUUUCAUACAUGCGAAGAAAUGAAUGACAUUUCUUUUCAAUGGACAAGCAAUGGGACACUUAAUCACUCAGGCUGGGAUGUUUUGUGCCUUUCCUGUAUUGGGGAAAUAAUUAUGGACUUCUUUUGCGAGGUAAAGCUUUGGAUGUGUGUGGUAAGAGAUUUUACUCUCAACAUUAGGCUGUCUUAACAGAAAAGAGGGUUUUCAUUACCGUCAAUCUCAGCACCGAACAUCAUCUUGUGCGCUGUUUACUUCUCAUUACUGAACUGUCAAGGUGAGAAAUGAUUGCUGUUAACACUUUAUAGCAAGGUUGCUUUUUUAUCUACAUUAGUUAAUGUAAAGGAAUGCCAUGAACAAAUUAUUAAAGGGAUAAUUCACACAAAAAUCUUAAUUGACUUGCUAUUUGCUCACCCUCAAGUUGUUCUACAAUGUUUGUGAGUUUCUUCUGUUGAACACAAAAGUAGAUAUUUGAAGAAAUCAGGAAAAGUUAAACCAUUGACUUCUAUAGUAGGAAAAACAAAUACUAUGGAAGUCAGUGGUUACAGGUUUUCAGCUUUUUUUCAAAAUAUCUACUUGAAACUGGUGAAGGGUGAGUAAAUGAUGUCAAUUUUAAUUUUUAGGUGAACUAUCCCUUUAAAUACAAACAAUGAGCAGAACAUUUUGCCUAGGGUGAUAAACGUAUUAGCAAAAUAAUAGCAAAACUUUAAGUUCAUUUAUAGAACUUGGAUGUCAAACAUGUAUUAUUGAAUCUAUAGUAUUGACCAUCAACUUUAAUAAAUGUGUAAGUAUAUCAAAUAUAUAUAUAUUAAACACAAUUUUAUUAGGAUUCUUUAUACAGUUAUUACAACUGUACUUUGUAAAGUGUGUAAAUAUAAUUGCAAACUAUUGACCUAUUCUCUCGAUUCGUUUAGGGCACGUUUCCUUGAAAGGCUUAGUUGUACAAGGUCAAUAAAUCUUAAAGAAAA